GUGUAAAUUAAACAUGCCAUCUCUUAUGCUCUUUCAAGUGUACUAGCUUUGGGAUUUAUGAAUGAAUGUAUCCUGGAAUGCCAUGACAAGUGGAGCUGAUCAGUGUUCAGUUGUGUAUCUUAAUUUAUUCCAUGAAAAAUACAGUCUGAUACCUUUAAUGUAUCGAAAUUCCCACAGAAGAGACUAGUGUAUAAAUAUUAGUAAGACAAUGCUUCAGAUUCAAGUUAAUCUUGUAUCAUUGAUGCUUCUAACCAUGAAGCUGGAACUUUAAUAGAGUUAUGUAUUUAACAAAGUUCAUUACUCUAGGGUCCACCAGGGACUGGAAAAACACAAACUAUCCUUGGGCUUCUCAGUGCCAUUUUGCAUGCAACUCCUGCCAGAGUACACUCCAACAGGGGGGAGUUGAGUGUUGUAAAACGUGGACCAGAAUUAUCCAUGGCAGACAAAUACAAUCACUGGGGAAAAGCAUCUCCAUGGUUAGCUGGGAUUAAUCCUCUAGAUCAAGAAAUGCCUAUAGAUGGGGAUGAUGGAUUUUUCCCUACAUCUGGCAAUGAGUUGAAACCGGAAGUAGUUAAUUCCAGUCGAAAGUAUCGUGUUCGUGUUCUUGUUUGUGCUCCGUCAAAUUCUGCUCUCGACGAGAUUGUUUUGCGCAUUCUAAACACAGGUAUCCGGGAUGAAAACGACCGUGCAUACAGUCCUAAAAUAGUACGAAUUGGUCUUAAAGCGCAUCAUUCUGUGCAGGCGGUCUCCAUGGAUUACCUCGUGGAACAAAGACUGUCCGGCAUGGACUCACAAACUGGUGAUAGGCAGAAGCAAGGAGGGCCGCUGAAAGAUAAAGACAGCAUUCGUGGUUCUAUUCUGGAUGAGGCUGUAAUUGUGUUCUCUACUCUUAGCUUCAGUGCUUCCCCUGUUUUCAGUAAAUUGAAUCGUGGUUUUGAUGUUGUUAUAAUAGAUGAAGCUGCUCAAGCUGUGGAACCAUCAACACUUGUCCCGUUGUCCAAUGGGUGCAAACAAGUAUUCCUGGUCGGUGAUCCAGUUCAACUGCCAGCCACUGUGAUCUCACCUAUUGCUGGAAAUUUUGGAUAUUGCGUCAGUUUAUUUGAGAGACUUCAAAGGGGUGGAUAUCCAGUGCAGAUGCUGAAGACUCAAUAUCGCAUGCAUCCAGAGAUAAGGAACUUCCCUUCCAGAGAAUUUUACAAGGAGGCUCUAGAAGAUGGACCUGAUGUUGAAGAGCAGACAAAGCGCUCUUGGCACGAAUAUCGUUGCUUUGGACCUUUUUGCUUUUUUGACAUACACGAGGGAAAGGAGUCUCAGCCAUCUGGAAGUGGUUCUUGGCAAAAUGUUGAUGAGGUUGAGUUUGUGCUUGCAAUGUAUCACAAACUAGUCUCCAGAUAUCCAGAGCUUAAAUCAAGUUCCCGGUUAGCUAUUAUAUCACCAUAUAGGCAUCAAGUUAAACUUUUGCGUCAAAAAUUCCGAGAAACAUUUGGUGUGGAGUCUGACAAAGUAGUUGAUAUCAACACUGUUGAUGGUUUCCAGGGACGUGAAAAGGAUGUUGCGAUAUUUUCAUGUGUUCGAGCGAGCAAAGAUAAAGGCAUUGGUUUUGUUGCUGAUUAUCGGCGAAUGAAUGUUGGCAUAACCAGAGCACGGUCUUCUGUCCUGGUUGUUGGUUCUGCAUCCACAUUAAGAAGAGGAGACAAACAUUGGCAAAAUUUAGUUGACAGCGCGGAGCAGAGAAAUGCACUCUACAAGGUCUCCAAGCCCUACGAUGAAUUCUUCAGUCAGGAAAAUCUCAAAUUAAUGGAAGUGGAAGCUAUGCAUGAUAAACCUGAAGCUCCACCAGAAGAUAUGGACGUUGAAGUGCCCGUUGAUGGUACUGCUGUUGAAGCUGAUCCAGUGCAACCGGAAGAAAAUGACUGGGGUGAUGCUGGAGAAGAAGGGGGCUACGAUGAGGACUAGGGUAUUGUUUCUUUCAUCAUUCUUUGACCAAUAUGAAUUCCACAAAAUUGUUCCCAAGUAUUUAUAUUAAACAUAUUUUUAUGUAUCAUAAUGAUCAUGUCCAAAUCAUUAUAGUGUAGAGACUCAAUUUCAAUUGAUUAUUAGGAGCUUGGAACAACUUGACAUAGAUUGUAAGUUUUACUUUUAUUUUUGAGAAGGUAAGAAAUUGUAAGGCUAAUCUUAUAUAAAUGAUUACUUGUAAAGGGUUGCCAUAAUGGUAAAAUUAAAUCAUCAGCA